AGAGAAUCAAUACAUGUAUGUUGAUAGUUCCUUUAGAAUCAAGGAAGGAAUUACACGAUUUCGCUAUUUUUAACUCCCAUUAACGUGUUAAACAGGGACUAAAUUUCGGAUUAAAUAACUGACACACAAAAUUUAAGGAUGUGUGGUGGGAAUCAAGUUGAUGAUGAUGAAAAUACCGGAGAGAAAUACGGAAAGCCAAAGGAACACAAGAAGAAUUUUAAAGGACCAAUAAAAAACAGAUCAUGUACAGACAUCAUUUGCUGUUUGUUAUUUGUGAUAUGUGUCACAGGAAUGGUGAUUGUUUCUGCUGUAGGCUUUGGCUAUGGAGAUCCAAAGAAAUUGGUGUACCCAACAGAUUCGGAGGGGAAUAUGUGUGGAGUUGGUGAUUAUAAAUCAAAACCCUACUUGGCAUAUUUUGAUAUUUUGCAAUGUACUAAAGUUGGCGUUGCAGCAAUAGCAACAGGAUGUCCAACACCUUCUGUAUGUGUAGCAAGCUGUCCGUCUAGUUAUUGGGUAUAUGUAGAAUUACAAGUAAAAUAUACUGCAUCAAGUUCUGUCCCCGCUGACUUUGAAGAGAUGUUGUGCAAAAAUAGUGUAACAGACAAAGAGAGCACUGUCCGUGGUGGAGCUAAUGCUGGAACAGAGGUCAAGGACACAGUAAUAGAUACAGACCUGUGUGCUGCCUACUUUGUUCCCACAACUGACCUUGUUGGACGUUGUAUUCCGUCUGUGUUUAUUGACGGGUUAGACUAUGCAGCACAGAUGACAACAACUGGUGGUACAGGUUUAGAGGCUGCUGAUGGCACUUCUAUUAAUGGAGAUGUUUUAAAUACAGCCAGUCAGUAUCUGGCAAAGUUUUAUGCAUUGAAGAAUUAUGGGGAAUUAGUGUUCAAAGAUUGUGUUAAUGCAUGGUGGCUUAUUCUUGCGUGUCUAGGAGGAGCAGCAGUGUUCUGUUUUAUAUGGAUCAUACUUUUAAGAUUUAUAGCAGGAAUUAUAGUCUGGGUUACUCUUGUUCUCUUUCUCGGAGUAUGGGCAUUUGGAACAUAUUACAGUUUUGAUAGAUAUUAUUACCUGAAGAAAAAUGGAAACCCGGCAGAGCAGUAUAGUGUAUCACCACUGUUUGCUGGAGAAUUCAAUUAUUACCUCGGCUUAAAGAAAACAUGGCUGGCUUUUGCCUGUACAUGUUCCACACUGUUGUUAAUAUUCCUGCUUAUUUUCCUCUUCCUGGUGAAGAGAAUUUGUAUUGCUAUUGAGCUCAUUAAAGAAUCUAGCAGAGCUAUUGGUAACAUGAUAUUUACACUUGUAUGGCCUGUGAUACCAUUCCUGCUGCAGGUUGCAUUCUUCGCGUAUUAUGUAGUGAGUGCAGCAUACGUAGCCUCUAUGGGAAAGUCACAGUUCUACAAUAAUGCCACAAAUACAACAGAUGAUGGAGGUGUCACUUACUACCUUAAACGUGCUCCAUGUGAUGAAACUGAAUUGCUUCAGGGAGUCAGAUUUCAUUUGGGAUCUCUAGCAUUUGGCUCAUUGUUGAUUGCAAUAGUGCAGAUGAUCCGUGUGUUCCUUGAGUACAUUGAUUAUAAACUGAAAGAUUCUGGAAACGUUGUUGCUAAAUUCAUACUUAAAUGUUUAAAAUGUUGUAUGUGGUGUUUAGAAAAGUUUCUGAGAUUCCUCAACAAAAAUGCAUAUAUUUUGAUUGCUAUAUAUGGGAAGAAUUUCUGUGCAUCUGCUAAAGAUGCAUUUUUCCUCAUCAUGAGAAAUGUUGUCAGAGUGGUAGUUUUGGACAAGGUUACAGACUUUGUCUUGUUCAUCAGUAAGCUGUUAUGCGUAUCUGCCGUGGGCGUGGCUGCAUUUUUCUUUUUCAACGGGGACAUCUCUUACCUCAGUGACUAUGUACCAAAGCUUAACUACUUCUUUACACCAGUUAUUCUGGUCAUCUUGGGAACAUAUUUGAUAGCAUCGUGUUUCUUCAGUGUUUACAGUAUGGCGGUGGACACAUUGUUUUUAUGCUUCCUGGAGGACCUAGAAAUGAACGAUGGAACACCAGAGAAACCCUACUUUAUGAGUAAAGGUCUGAUGAAAAUCAUUGGCAAGAAAAACAAACAGCUGAAAGAACCAGCGGGUAAUUUCAGUUCAGCGGAAAAGAAAAAAGCUGGGGGAAAGAAAAAAUCAGGGGGAAAGAAAAAUGCAGAAGAAAUGUCUCUUGAUGAUUGGUAAACUUGUAAAAUGACCUAGCAUAGAGGAGCAACAAAUCGCUAUGGAAAUGACACCUGGGGAUGUGAAAUAAAUGAGAAAACAGCUGAUUUUUCACUAGUAUUAUACUACUUAUUUUCAGGAAUUGGAUUUUAUCGAAUAUUUCAUAACGGUUAAAUCUUAAUUAGGAAGACCAGUCAAAAAUAUCUAAUAACUGAUUGGCUAUAAUGCUGUGUUGAACUUUUUAAUUGACCAAUGAAAGUCGUUAAAUUGCUUUUUAUAGAUUUAUACCGAUAUAUUGUUGAUUUUAACUGGGAUAAAAAAAAUCAUCUUUUUUACAACUCUGUAAGAAAAAAACAAACUUUUUUAGUUGAACAUGUAUUUGGAUAUUCUACCGUAUUUAUUACAAGAGAAAUGAAAAGGAAUUUUAAUCAUUAGGUCAUUUUCUGUCGAGGCAUAAACAUUUUAUUCAUAAGAGUUUCUAUUUAGAAACUUGUCAGAGUGCAAAGGUUAACUUCUCUUGUUUUUUAUUUUCCUUUGGACAUAGAGAUAUUUUAUGGCUUCAUUGAUUUUUAUAGAUAUUAUUUAUAUUAGAUAUAAACUUACUACAUUCCUGUUUCAUUCACAUUAAACAAUAUUCAUCACCUAAAAAAAUAAGGCAACUGAGAUUUUAUUUUGUGUUGUUUUUUUUUCUUCUUUUUUUUCUAAGGGAAACUCAAAUAAUUUAGCCUACCUAAGCACACAGUGCUUGGAGUUCUGUUCAUAGAAGAGGUUUGAGGGACAAACCAAUACACUGCAGAUUUUAGUGUAAAAUAUUUAGACCCUGACUUAUAAGCAGUCUGUCUUGCAGAUAAGUACAUACAGUACUAUAUACAGAAUCUAUGCAUUUAUGAAAAUAUUUAUAUAAUUUUGAUACCAUUUUAUUUCACACUUAUUCAGGUAUAUAUAAAUAUAUAGAUAGAUAUAUAAAGUACAGAACAGGAAAUCCAUUUUGUAUUAUGUAGAUGUAUAAUGUACAUUACUAUUGUUGUUUUUUAUUUACAGCUUUUUUCCUUAUUUUUUUGUGCAAUUAUAAUAUAGAAUUGUUUCAUUAUUCACUGUAGAAAUAUAUAUGAGCCGUGUCACGACAAAGCCAACAUAAUUGGGUUUGCGACCAGCAUGGAUCCAGACCAGCCUGCGCAUCUGCGCAGUCUGAUCAGGAUCCAUGCUGUUCGCUUGCCAACUCUAUAACAAGUAGAGAAACUGAUAGGGAACAGCAUGGAUCCUGAUCAGACAGCGCGGAUGCGCAGGCUGGUCUGGAUCCAUGCUGGUCGCAUACCCAUUAUGUUUUUUUUGUCGUGACGCGGCUCAUAUAUAAUUAUGUCACCGCUGAACAAGAAAAUUCUUUUGACAAUUGAACUAAUUAUUUGAUUGUGAAAGUUUAUUUUAAGUAGUGUGCUUCUGAAGUGUCAUACAGGUACUUCAUUGUACGUUUUAUGUUAUGUAGAAAUAAAAAAAUGCUUAAAAUUUGGCUGGUCCAAGUUUGCAAAAUGUUAUAAUUAUGACCAUUAUACAUGUAGAGCUUUAAAUUUGUAGUAAUUUUACCCGCAAUACUUUAAGACCAAAAAAAAUCAUUGACAACAUAAAUAUGAUGUUUUUUCAGUUAGAUUAAUUGGCAAAAUUUAAUGAUGUCAAUCAGGAGAAAUGUUCUAUCAUUUAUAUUACUGUCUUAACGAUUUAAAAUUAUUUCAAUGUAUUUGAUAAUUCCUGGCUUUAAAUAUGUUCAAAAUCUAUGAAAAUAUUCACUUAUAUAUCUUUCAAAAUCUAUGAAAAUAUUCACUUAUAUAUCAAUUUGGGAAAUUACAGUUAUUGUAACUACCAGUUUCAUAACUUUUCACAGGGAUGGCAGCACUAAAUUUGUUUUUUCAACAAAUCAAAAUUAGCACCGUUAAGCCGGUCACAUGGCUGUACAUAUAUUGACUUGUAGGCUGGCCUGGUCUAUUACUACCAACAGAGCCCUGCAUUUAUGGUGUUAGGUGACUGUUAAUUAGUGACUUUUUUCUAUACCAGUUUUGUUAUACAUUCAUUAUUACCAUGUUUGUUUUGUAAAACUGUUGUUGUGUAUCAAUUGCUAUUUUGAUGGUUUUGAAAAUCAUUCCUUUUUUUUCAUUUUUAUGCAGUUCAAAAUUUUUUUUUGGACAAGCAUAUUGUGUCCAGUUUAUCCGUCAGUCAUUCUUAUUUACCAUUUUUAAUUGUCCCUUCAUUUUCAAGACUGUUAUAUAUUAAAUAUUUGGUAUACAACUACCUUAUUUAAACCUUUACCAAUAUGUCAGUUUUGAGGUUGAUGUAGUCAGGAUAUUUUCUAGUGUUCCUAAUGAAGCCUUCUUUUACUGACUUUUAUCUUAUAUAUGUGGCAUGAAAUUAUUUGACAUAUCUUAUACAUUUGGUAUGAAAUUACCCUUAUGAAGUUGUUCAGGUCAAGGUCAGUGAUUCCCCUUUACCUAUUUGUUAUACUAAAAAACCCCAUCAAAACAACCAUGAUACUUGUAAUAUUAUUUUCUUGUGAUAUAUUUUAUUUUGGAAUAUCAUAUUUUUCUAUAUACAUUAUUCAUAAAAUUUCUACUGUUUCCAAACUUUUCACCUUGUAAGAUAUAGAAAUAUACAUAAAAAAUGUACAGAUCCAUGUGUGUGUGUUGCUAAAAUUGUGGGAAAAAAAAUUAUAGAGAAAAAAAAUUGUUCCAUGUAUAUAUACAUAUCAGAAAAAACCCUCAUGCAUAAUAUUACAUUCCAGAAAAGACAACCUUUUCUUGUUUUUAGAAAUAUUUUUUUAAACACAAUGUUAAAAAAAUCACUGAUUUUAUAUACACAAAUUAAUGUUUUCUUUCAUGUGCUCAUGUCAGUUGUAGCCAAGGCCCAAACAGUGAAGGGGGGAAGCAGGUAAAACAUGCCAAGUUUUUACCUUUUUGUUUGUCCCUACACUGCCUUGUCAAUGCAGUUUUGUGUAGGCCAUAAAGUACCAUUAGCAUGUUUGUCAAUGUUGCAGUGUAGGGGAAUCAAACGGGGGUUUUACAGUGUGGUUGUCCCCUAAAGGCAGGGCCUUUAACAGGGGGUUUGAUCAUACAAGAGUCAAAGUCCCAUUGUUGAAUGGCUGGUUGGUGGGCCAAGGUUACUGUUGACGUGUGCAUUAUAUGAAAGAUUUUAUAGAUCAUUGUACUUCAGAAAUAUACAUACACUUAUUCAAACUUUAUACAUAGCAUAAGAAGCUUAUGUGAUACCACUGUUUUUAUUCUAUUAACUUUUAUAAAUUCUUAAAUAAUAAAUAUGUUUUUAAAA